AUGCUUAGCUUCCUGAAGAAAAAGGAAACAAACAAUAAUAAUCAAUCUUCAAAAGCAUGGAAGCCUUCUACUCCAUCUCUUUCCAAACCUAAUUCAAGGACUCUUUCGACAAUUUCCAAAUCAGAACCCUCUUCAUCUUCCAUUCAGCCUGAAUAUAAUUCAACAAAAGACCUAUGCGAUGCAAUACAAUCUGCAAAUAAUGAAACACAAGCAAUCCGUAUAGAGAUAGAAUCAAUCAAAGAGGAAGCCAAAAAGAUUCAUGAAAAUCUCGAAUCAUAUUCCAACAAGAUACAAGAGAAGAAAGACAGUCUUAACAAUGACAUGACUGCCAUCGAACAUUGUCAUGAGCUUCAUCAAUCAGUAGGAGCUGUUUCAAGCUUAAUUUCCCAGAAGUUUGAAGAAUUAUCAAAAAUCUCGACGAAGAUAUCAAAUGAAGUCAAUGAGAACGAUAAAACUAUCAAAGACACAGAAGGGGAAAUCGAAAAAUCAUUACAAGCAACUAAAGAAAUCGUUUCGAAUACAAAUAAUAUUAAUUCCGAGCUCAAUUCACUAAAUGAACAACAGAAUCAAAUCGAAAGCGACGUUAAAUCAACAGAAACAGCUAUAUCCACAAACAAUUUGAAGAUUGAAGAGUGCAAAUCUUUAAUUUCAAAUUUAACAAAGGAAAUUAAAUCAACAAUAGAUGAAAAUGAUGAAUAUAGCUACAACAUCGAGAAGACAAACAAGUUUACUUCGAGAUAUCGUCAAGAAAUCCAAGAAAUCGAAUUUGAUAUUUCCAAUCUUGAUGAACAGCUUAAAAACAACAAAGACAUAAUUACCAACCAUCAGAACAAGAUUUCUGAAUUCAAUUCUACCCUCAAUUCCAUUCCACGGAUUGAUUAUUCAGCCGAUUCGAUGAAAUCUAUUGAAGAAACCGAAAACAGCAUUUCCAUGAUGAAGAACAAGCUAGAAAUGAUACAAAGCAGCAUAAAUCAGCUGAACCAGCAGAUUUUGCGUUCAAAAAACGGCACAAAUAGCGAAUUCUCACAAACUGUGCAGAAAGAGAGCGAAAUGACCCAGAAACUGCAAAUGAAGAACAAAAACCUCGUUUCCAAGCUAUCAGAUGUGCAGAACAAGCUGGACCAGCUCCAUCUCGAUUUCUCAAACUCCGUCGACGAACUCCGCAAACAGAUGUCGCUCUCCAUGGAGUACAAAGCGACUCUGAUCCAAAACAAGGCCGAACUGAACCAAAAAGUGAAUUUUGAGCAAAACGAAGCAUUCAAACUCAACCAGGAGAUAUCAGAGAUAAUGAGAAAUAUCGAUGCAGCAAAGCAGCAGAAUCAGCAGAUACAAAAUGAGAUUUCUAAUGUUAAUAACCAGAUAUCUGCUUCACAACAGAGUUCGUCACAGAUGAACUAUAGAAGAUCAAAUACAUCAUCAAGACAGAAAUCAAGAAUACUUAGCCUUGAUUAA